AAGAGAAAAACUCACAUCACUAACUCUAGACCUUCGCUUCGCUACUUGCUUAUAUUUUUGCUUUCUCUAUAAUUUUAAUUUCCCGUUGGUUUUUUUUUUGUUGUGAACAAUUUACCGUGAAUUUUGUUGUUGUGUGUGUGCGUGAAAAAAAAAACAACUGAAAUUACAAAUCGUGUUUUUCAAGCAAAAUUUCCACUCAACGAAAAUGCUUGUUUGCUGCAAGGAAAGACGCUGCAACAACGGCAACAACAAAACCAUCGGGAACAACCAGACCAACAACAACAACAACAACAGCCACUAGGCCCAAGCAAAAGCAACAGCAAGACAGCGACAGAAAUUGAGUCGGGGAGAAACAAGUUUUUUUUUUGUGUUUUUUUUUCUUUUCAAUUUUUUUUUUUUGGAUUUUGUGCGCGCUCUUUAUCUUUAUCAAGGUGAAACUGCGCGCGCCUCGCUCCAGCUAUAACUUAAAACUCGCUUCAUAUAUAUAAUAUAAAAUAUAUAUAUAUAUGUAUAAAAUUUUAUAUCAAAAACAAAACAAUAAUUUGGGUUCAGAUUUUGAGAUUUCGGAACAAAAACAAACAAAAACAAUAUACAAAAUCGAGCAAAUACGACCACGAAGAAGAAGAAGAAGGCCAACGCAAAGGCAAUUUGGCGGCGAUUUGCAAAUACAACAACAACAAGAAGAAGAAGAAGAAGAGAAGAAGGAGACACACACAAACGAACGCUAGAUGGCGCACGCAUACAUGUGAAGGCGUUGGGAAAGAGAAACACACAAACAUACACGCCCAGUGGCUAUUUUGGGCAAAAAAAAAAAAAAUAAAUAAAUAACUACAAAAAGGAAAGGAAGGAUUAUUAAAAAAAAUAUUAACUCGAAUACGUUUUUUUUUUGGCCAGUUUAUGGAGAGCAUCGGAUAGUAAACAACAAAAAGGAUAAACAAGCGUGGGGAGGAAGAAGAAGAAUAAGCAGAAGAAGAAGCAAACAACACAAGAAGAAGUAGAAGAAGAAGCAGCAGCAGUAGCUGCAACAUAAACAAAAAAAAAAAAAAAACAAAAAAAUAACAAAAAUGUUGCCCGCCAAUAGAAGUAGUAGCAAUAGUAGUUAUAGCAACAGCGGCAAUAUAACAAAUACCAAUAGAUGCCUCAUCAAAUCAGCCAUCGAGCGUACUGUCGUCCGUCUACGAGGCACACCACCGGUUGCAACACCAACAAAGCCGGAGGAGGAGCCGGAGGAUGUCACCGUUGUGGAGUACGAUAUUAUUAACUUCUAUGCCGAUUCAUCGCCGAGGAUGUCGCCCAGAAUUGUCGUUAAUCCCCGCCAGCUAUCACCCGUUUCUCCAGCCCGCCCCGGCAGCACCAUCAACAGCAGCCAUAGCUCUAGUCCAGCAUUGGAUGCCAGCAGCAGCAGCAGCAGUGUUGUCGGUUGUGCUACCCCGGCAAGGAGAACGGUAAUGGAGCAACAAUCAUCCGGAGGAGGAGGAGAGGAUCUAUCCCAUCCGGCGGGAGAGAGAAAAUCACAGCUACAUGCAUUGCCCAUUGCCAUGUCGUCCCGGUCCAGGGGCGGCGGAGGAGUAGCAUCCAGUCGACUGCGCCGUCAGGCAGCCAUCGUACCAGCACGCUCCAUUGUCACAGAAGCCAACAGCAGCGGUAACAGUAGCGGCAACAGCGCCAGUUCCUCCAGCAGCUCGGAUAGCUCCAGCUCCAGUCCCACACCAAGCUCACCCUGCUCCACGCUGGGCGUUAAUAUGCGCGUCACCGGCCAGUGCAGUCAGGGCGGUCGGAAGUAUAUGGAGGAUCAGUUCUCGGUGGCCUACCAGGAGUCACCGCUCACCCACGAACUGGAGUAUGCCUUCUUCGGGAUCUAUGACGGACAUGGCGGCCCAGAGGCAGCUGUCUUUGCCAAGGAGCAUCUCAUGCUGGAGAUUGUAAAGCAGAAGCUGUUCUGGUCGGACAAGGACGAGGAUGUGUUGAGGGCCAUACGUGAGGGCUACAUCGCCACGCACUUUGCCAUGUGGCGGGAACAAGAGAAAUGGCCACGAACUGCCAAUGGCCACCUGAGUACAGCCGGCACCACCGCCACCGUGGCAUUUAUGCGGCGGGAGAAGAUCUACAUCGGUCAUGUCGGUGACUCUGGGAUCGUCCUGGGCUACCAGCGAAAGGGCGAACGCAACUGGCAGGCCCGCCAACUAACCACCGACCACAAGCCCGAGUCUCUGGCGGAGAAGACAAGGAUCCAGCGUUCCGGCGGCAAUGUGGCCAUCAAGUCUGGUGUGCCGCGAGUGGUCUGGAAUCGUCCCCGGGAUCCGAUGCAUCGCGGUCCCAUCCGCCGACGAACUUUGGUCGAUGAUAUACCCUUCCUGGCAGUGGCCCGAUCCCUGGGCGAUCUCUGGAGCUAUAAUUCCCGGUGCAAGGAGUUCGUAGUCAGUCCCGAUCCCGAUGUUAAAGUUGUGAAAAUAGAUCCGAGUACCUUCAGAUGCCUGAUCUUCGGCACCGAUGGUCUGUGGAAUGUGGUGACGCCCCAGGAGGCGGUGGAUUGUGUCCGAAAGGAGCACCUUAUCGGUGAGAUACUGAACGAGCAGGACGUCAUGAAUCCCAGCAAGGCGCUGGUCGAUCAGGCCCUCAAAACGUGGGCCUCCAAGAAGAUGCGGGCGGACAACACGUCCGUGGUAACUGUGAUACUAACACCAGCGGCCUCUCACACCACCACUUCCAAUACCCAACAAGGAACUGCUCCCCAAACGCCCGCUCUGGCACGUGAUCCCGAUAUGGAUGUGGAUCUGUUGGUGGAGGCGGAGGCGAUGACGGUCGAGGAGGAGGAGGAUGAUGUGGUGGUGCCGGUGGAUAGCGAGAAUAGCUGUCCGCAGGAGUUCUUCAUCGAGGAGGAGGAGUAUCACCUGGAAACACCCUACAGUGCCUUGGCGAAGCGACAUUUGCCACCGGAGCCGUAUCGUGACUUUGAUUACUUUGGCCUGGACGAGGAUGAGACGGAGGAGGAUGAGGAGGAGCCACAGCCCGAUCCUGAGGAGGCGGAGGAGCAUGUGGAGGCUGUCGAGAAUUGGUUUAAGCCGCGCAAGACAUGGCGCAAGUCGACGAUCAACAAUUCGUGGACUGGCGGCACCGAACCAGAGCCAGAUCCCGAGCCGGACGAGCGUAACCGCUUGAAUGACGCCACUCCCGACCUCACAAUGUACUCCCACACCAGCAUCGACAAGUGCGCCAUUUACGGCAACUCUGUGGCGCCGGGUAGCGCUAAUCCCGAACUGGAACAGCAUCUGGAGAGCAGUUACAGCUUCGCCGAGUCCUACAAUUCGCUGCUCAACGAACAGGAGGAACAGGAGGCACGAUCUCGUUCGGCGGCCGCGGCAGCAGCUGUGGUUCAUUCCCAGUCCGCCGCAGCCCAAGCAGCUGCCUCCUGCAGUGUCCAGGAGAUGAUCCAGGAGCAGCAGCACUACCAGCAGCAGGAGGGCUAUUCCCUCACGCAGCUGGAGACGCGGCGGGAACGGGAGCGUGUGGCCCAGGAGUCGUGGCAACAGCCAGCCGAGCUGCUCGAACUGGACGCCCUGCUGCAGCAGGAGCGGGCCGAGGAGGAGCAGGUGGCCCUCGAGCAGCAGCAGCAGCAGCAGCAACAACAACAGCAGCGGGAACAGCAAAUGGAGGUGGCCAGCAGUAGUUCUGGCCAGCAGGAGUUCCACUAUUCGACGACCAACGAAUGGACAGCUGCAUCAGAGCCGGAAGAGGUCGAUGGUGAUGUCGAGCUGGAACCCGAACUCGAACCCGAACCGGAGCUACAGGAUAAUGAAGUUAGCUCCACACUGCCACCCACACCGACGGAGGAAAUUGCAGUUCCUGGCGAGGAACUGGAUGAGGAGAUGCCAUCGGAACUGCCACAGAAGCCAAGUCGAAGACCAGAAAUCAAAUCCGAGCCGAAGAAGCCACAAAAGCCGGAGAAGAAGCAACAGGAGCAGAGGAAUCAGGAGCAGGGACUCGUCUCAAUGCUGGCGGAAACUGUGGCGGAAAUCCGUAAAGAAGACGCCCAUGCUGUGCAUUAUAUUUUCGAGCAGAUCCAGAAGCUCCAGGAUGCGGACAUCUCACCCGUAUCGGACAAGCCGGGUGUGGGCGAGGCCCUGGAACGGGCCAGUGUCCUGGCAGGGGAAUCAUCCACCGCAAAUGUCUCUGUUACCAACUCGAAUACCCGCAUCCGUCAGAUGCGUCGCUACCGCAAUGUGCCGAACGAAAACCAUCAGCACAUGCAGACCCGCCGACGCCAGAUGUUCAAGCCCAGCAAGCCCAAGUCCUUUAUCGGCGCCAGUGCCGCCGCCAUAGUUGCCUAUGGCGACAGCAAUGGUGCCGGUUCGGGAAUUGGAAUUGGUGGCGCCGGCGGAACAUCCAGCCAUCCAGUGGAGGGUCGAGUUGGUGGCGGCGGAGUAAGCGGAUCUGGUGUAGAGGUUGCCAGCAGGGAGAUCAACGCCUCGGCGGCCAGUCGUCGGCGUAGCGGGAAUGUGGUGGCCUCCAGCUCGAGUACAGGGGCAGGUAGCAGUUCCAUGAUGAUGACCCGGCGCAGCCACAGCCUCACGGCCAGCAGUGGUGUCAACAAGCGCCAGUUGCGCAGCAGCCUGUGCAGCCUCGGACUGGGUCUCGGCCUGGACAUGACCAAGAGGACGCUUCGCACCCGAAACAUACCCAUCGCUACCGGUGGCGGUGAAGCAGGAAGAUCCCAGCCGGAUGUCCCGGUCGGGGGCAGUGCCAGUCCGGCCAGUGUCCGUACUCCGAGUGCCGGCAGUACACCCCGUCCUGUCCCGUCGCGGCGUCUGAAGCGGAUUCACGAGGAUCGCGAGCAGAGACGCAGUUUAAGGCGAACCACUCUGAGCGCCAGUUCCAGCGGCAGUAUCGGCGGAGGAGUUGGUGGCGGCAGCGUCGGACCAUCACCCGGGAGUGCCAAAUCUUCGCGGCUGCAGUCUUGUAAUGGAGCCAUCUCCGCCCGGCCGCCACCCUCGCCGAAGAAACUGAACGCCGCCGUUCCCACACUGGCGAUUGGAACGCGGGCCUACACAGCUGCCUUGGCGGCGGCGGCGGAUCACCUGAACAAGCGCUGGUCGCUGCGCAGCAGCAGCAGCAGCAGUAGCUCCAACAGCAGCAGCAGCAAUACCCAAAACACCAACAAUAACAACAGCAAUCUGAUCACUGCCAUUAGUUGCUACAGUGCCCGGAGUCGGGGAGCAGGAGUUGUCGGAAGUGGAGCAACUGCAUCACCGAUGGGCCAACCAGGAGGAGGAGGAGCAGGAGCAGGAGGAGGAGCUACACGACGACGCUGAGCCUUAAUUCUAAUAAUCACACACACACAUUAGACAGAGACAGCAAGUGUCCACACAGAAAGAGACAGCUAGAAGAGAAGAGAGAGAGAUAGAGAGAGAGAGAGAAACAAACCCAAUUCGGCAAUUGGGCGAGCAACUUGCAAGUACAAAUCCUAAGCAACGGAAAACCUAAAAUAUAUAGUUCUACAAAAAUCGACAAAAGAUAGGGGAUAGGUGUAUUCAUACAACUACAAAAAAAAGAAAAGAAAAAAACCCAUCCUAGCCUCAAAAAAAAAAAACAAAUUAAAAGAAACCCUUCAUGUAAUCUAACAAAUUUUUGUACACACACAACACCAAGGUAAUUGGCAUCGUUUCAUUGUACAUAGCGACGUUAUAGACAGCUAUAUAACAAAACUAAACAAUAAAUUUACAUGAUAUAUAUAUAUAUUUCUACGUAAGAUCUAACAAUAAAAACAAAUUAAUAGUGUACGAAAUUAGCGGUAUACGCUUAUCGCAAAACAUAUAUAUCAUCUGAUAUAUAUAUAUAUAUAUUUUUUGUAACGAAAUCAUCUAAAUAGCUUAUAACUUUCUUAACAAUACAUCUAUAUAUUAAUAUAAAAUAUAUUAUUUAAUCAGAAAGUAUUCUGUUUUGGAUUAUAAAAAUUGUGCGUAUGUCAAGUUAUCUAUAGUUAGUUUUUAAGUUAUUAAGUAAGUUACCAGAGAUGCUAAUAACAUUAAUUAUUUUUUUUCGUCCCCAUUUUUGUGUUUAUCGUUUAAGAGUAAUUAUGUGUAUUUAUUUUUCAUGUCAUCACGCUCUUGGUAUUAUCCAAGGAAAUACAUUUAAUAUUUUUUCAUAGUUAA